AGUGGUCCCCUGGUGAUGGCAUCCGACAGUGACGUGAAGAUGCUGCUGAACUUUGUGAACCUGGCAUCCAGCGACAUCAAGGCGGCCCUGGACAAGUCUGCACCCUGCCGCCGCUCGGUGGACCACCGCAAGUACCUGCAGAAGCAGCUGAAACGCUUCUCCCAGAAGUAUUCCCGGCUCCCGCGGGGCCUCCCCGGCAGAGGGGCCGAGCCUCACCUGAAAAGGGGGUCCGAGGACCGGCCUGGGAGGCUGCCCCUUGAUUCUGGCCACAGUUCCAGCCCCAGCGGGGGUGGGUGCUGCAAGGAGAAGGCGUUGGGGAACCCCUACAGGGAGGAGUGUCUCUCUAAGGAGCAGACCCUACACGGGCCGGAUCCAGAAGCUGCCAGGCCUGGCCAGGUGCCCAUGAGGAAAAGACAGCUGCCCGCUUCCUUCUGGGAAGAGCCACGGCCCACCCACAGCUACCCCAUGGGGUUGGAGGGGGGACUGGGCCCCAGGGAGGGACCUCCCUAUGAGGGUAAGAAACACCGCAAGGGCUUGGAGCCCCUGGGGCCCGAGACAGCCCCAGUGCCCGCAUCCCCAAGGGCACCCGCUGAAAAGGAGCCACUCAAGAUGCCUGGGGUCUCCCUGGUGGGCCGUGUCAAUGCCUGGAGCUGCUGCCCCUUCCAGUACCAUGGACAGCCUGUCUACCCAGGCCCUCCGGGGGCCUUGCCUCAGAGCCCACUCCCCAGCCUGGGCCUCUGGCGGAAAAGCUCGGCUUCCCCCGGCGAGCUGGCCCACUUCUGCAAGGAUGUGGAAGGCCCCGGGCAGAAAGUGUACAGACCCGUGGUUCUGAAGCCAAUCCCCACCAAGCCGGCCAUGCCCCCGCCCAUCUUCAACGUCUUUGGCUACCUCUAGCUGGGCUGGGAGGGCCUCGGUCCCCACCGCUGGCCUGCAGGGGUGUUGGGGACCCCGGGAGU